AUAUUUAAUCGAACUGCUAAACUAUGCUGAUACAUAAUAGUUAUAUCUAGUGUUUCAGCACGUGACCUGCAAUCAUUGGCCUUCAUAUUUGUUUAGUUUUCCUGGUGAACAUAGAUGCAUCAGAUUUACAAGUCUAAAAAUAGCCUUUUACACCUUACCCGCAGUACAUCUAAUAGUUUUGGAGCAUGGGUGAUCCUCGGAAUAUAGACGUUGUUCUUACUUCACAAACUGGACAUCAGUAUGAUUCAAAACAGAAGAAGAACUAUUCAGAUAAUUACAAGGAACUAUCUGCUAUCAAGUUCAGCGAAAAUAAAAGUUAUAAGAAAUCAUUUGCCCAAUAUUUGAAAACACAGUUUCGUGAUGUCAGGAAUAAGUGGUUGCUGUGUUUCAUUUGUGCAGUUUUGACCGGGGUAGCAGUAUUUCUGGUAAUGAAAUAUGGACUAGGUUCAUCGUCACAAGAUUUGAAUCCAUAUGAACCAGGAAAAGAACAUGAAUAUGAAGAUGGUUCUAGACAGUUGUUAUUGAAAAGAAAUGACGAAUGGUCUUGGGGAACACGUACAGAGGCGGAAGCAGUUAUAGCUCUUCAUUUGUACCAGUUUACAACUUUUAGUAAAGACAAUCCAGAUAUCUUUAUCAGUGUGAAACAAAUGAACAUCGAUCUAUUGUCUGCAUUAUCCAAUGACAUCAGUUUGAGCAGAGAAGAUUGGGGACAUGGCAAGCUUGCUCAUUACAUCCUUGGCAUUUUGGCUACAUGUCAGGACCCAAGCCAAUUUUAUGGUCACAACCUGAUAGACAAGAUGAAAAACCAUUUAGUCGUGUCAUCAACUUACCUCAUGAGUAACAAAUUUGCAUAUUCCUUAAUAGUUAUAGCCCUAUGUAAAGCUGGUGAAUAUGUUGAUGUCAAACAUUUAGAUGAUAUUUCUUCAACACCAGGGCAAUACAAGUUUGGUGUUGACGAGGCUUCUAUUGUAUAUAUUGCUUAUAAAUGUGUUGGAGACGAGACUUAUAAGACGAAAAAAGACUCGGCGUUAGAUUAUAUUCUUCAACAUCAAGAGCAAAAUGGUCUUUUUGGUAAUGAGUUCUCAACUUCACUAGCAAUACAAGCAAUAUUCGCAAGUGGAGACAACGCUCUUGUUCCAAAGACUGAAAAAGGAAUUGCAUAUCUGAAAAAAUCAAUAGACAGAUCAAACAUGCCUUCCACAGCAUUACUCGUGUCUGCCUUACCAGCUAUAGCUAUGAAGUCAUAUCUAGAUAUCGGAACACAUGAAUGUUUAUCAAAAUACUCUAUCCCAUCGAAGUCGUCAUUUCCUAUUGGAAUUUCUGUAUUAAACAACAUUACAUAUAAUGAUUACGAACGUACCUGGUCAGCUCCUCAAAUUGAGGGACAGACAUUGUUUGAUGCCAUGCUCAACCUUAAAGAGGCAGAUUCAGUUUUCAGUUUCGACAGUAAAUCUACAAAAUAUGGUCCAUACAUAACUUCAAUUUGCAAUAUGGCAGCAUCAACUGACCAAAGGCAAUACUGGAAGAUCGAAGAUGCAGACGGCGAUGCUUUGCAGUAUGGUGCAAAUCAAACCUUUCCAAAACGAGGUAAUAGUUACACAUUCAAACUAACCACGUGGUAGAUGCAUAUAGUUGAAACUUUUGACUUAAUAUCUUGACAAACUGAACAUAAACUUCCAUUUGUAAACCCUGUAUUUGUUUUUAUAUAUUUGUACAUUGUUCUUUGUUUCCUUUCAUAUCAAUGUCUAGUGUAUAUAUAUGUGAAACUUUAUUUAUUAAUUUGUUUUUUAAAUAAGUGAUUGUGAAAUAUAUAAUUACAUACUUGUAUAACAUUUUACAUAUAUUAAUAAACAAAAGAAACAGUACACAGCAAUGUAUAAUCCGUAUAUGAUGCAAUUGGAUACUCUUUACCGACGUUAAUAAUUGCACGAGUGGUCUGAUAUUAAAAAAGUGGUGUUAUUUUCUAACCCAAACUUGUUUUUAGGCAAAUACGUGAUUUGUUUUUGCAAUUUUUGUUAUCUAUAGAAUGAAUGUUCACCCAAAAAUAAAAAAAAAUAUAUAAGAACUUUUAACACUUCACUUAAAUCUGCUUAAUAUUUUGAAUUUCUUUUACGAUAUUUGAACACUUACAUGUAAUUCUCAUCUCCAAAAAUAACGUUCCGACUAUUGUAAUCAAUAUCCGCUAAAAAGAUGUAAAUGCAAAUGAAUGUUUUUUAUUGGAUAGUUCCAGUUUCCGCUAUUCAUUAUAUUUUAUGAUUAACUGGACUUCAAACUUAUAUAUCGUUACUUUUGCUGAUCAGUUUUUAUCAUUUCAUAUCUACUAGAACAACAAUACCCAUUGACAUGUUUCACAAAUUUCAGGGCGACUUUCAAUGCUUAAA